AUGGAGGCCAGUUUUCCUCCAUCUUCCCAGCUCCCCUGUGUCUCCUUCCUCUUCCUCCAGCACGCCACCUCCCACGCCGUGCCCUCCCUGCUCGGCUCCCUGAUUGCCCUGCACCCGGAGUCCCACCUCAUCGCCACUGACCGUGCCUACAAGCAACUGCAGGAAGCAGUGAAGAAGAGCCGCCGGCUCUGCCUGGAGGUGGAAACGACAGUGAUGAGAUUUCGGGCUCAGAGGCAGAAGAGGUCCCCGAUGGGCAGGAGCUGUGUCCUGGUACCCUGCGGGGUCUCCCCAGAGGAGCCGCUUUCCCCAACUUUUCUCGACAGCAGCUCCUGGAGGCAGCGAAGGGGGGCGAUGUCCGUGGACUCCAUCACUGACCUGAGUGACAACACUUCCAAGCUACUGGAGGCGCUGCAGUUGUCGCACCCCCACGAGCUGGAUGCACGGAGAAGCCUGGGCAAGAAAAAGAUGUUGAGCCUCAACCCCAUCACCUGGCAGGUCCCACGGAUUGUGGAUAGAUGUUGCAAACACAUUGAAACACACGAACUGACUGUUGCUUUUAUUCUUCUGCUUUCUUCCAUCUUUAAGCUGAGGGAAGAGUUUGACCGAGGACUGGAUGUUUUCUUGGAUGAGCAUCAAAGCGUUCAUGAUGUGGCUGCUCUGCUCAAAGAGUUUCUUCGGGACAUGCCGGAUUCACUGAUUCCCAGAGAGCUCUAUGCAGCCUUCCUCAGCACAGCCUCCAUGGAGGGCCCGGCGCAGCUGGCCGCCCUCCAGCUGCUGCUCUUCCUGCUGCCCCCCUGCCACAGCGACACGCUGCACCGGCUCCUGCGGUUCCUCAGCGAGGUGGCCCGGCACGCCGAGAGCUCCCGGGGCCCCGACGGCCAGGAGAUUCCUGGGAAUAAAAUGACAGUUUCAAACUUGGCCACAAUCUUUGGUCCCAAUGUCCUUCAGAAAGAGAAGCCUGGAGAGAAAGACGUUGGUGCCAUGAACUUUGAAGACAGCACUGCCGUCAUACUGGUGCUCCAGAGGUUGAUUGAGCACUACCAGGCCUUGUUCAUGGUCUCUCCAGAAAUGCAGCGUGACAUCCUAAGGAGGCUAUUUCAGACAGACCCCGAUGUCAUCGACUACCUUUUGCGCAGGAAGUUCAACGCCGUGCCGAGCACAAAGAGUGAGGAUUCAACAGGGGAGCAUGCUCCAUCCCCGCUGCCUGGUCGGACCCGCACCCUGGAGAGCAGCUCAGUCUCAUCAGAGUUGUACAGCAACGUCUCAUUCCUAAACCUGGACGUUGGCAUCUAGCAAGCCUGGUCCACGCCCUCUGCACUGCCUUCUGUGGACAAAACUGGGCCACCUUUCCCCAGCAAAAAUAGGUCCUCUGUCCCACUUUGGA